AUGAACAGGGAAGAGAUCAGAAGAACAAACAGUGAUAAUUCGUCAGAUGAAGAACAUUCUGGUGCUGCACAGACUAAAGGUGAGGAAAACACCCAUAGAAACAGCACUGAUAAUAGCCCCACCACAUUUAUAGAGGAUGAAUCAACUCAACCAGCUUAUAACUCACAUUUAUCAUUCAAUUUAGACAAUAAUAGUGCAGUGAAGGAGCUAUUAUCACAGCAUGCUCAGCCACCAACUAGCAGAACUUCAAGUGAAGCUACAGAAAGAGGGUCCAAUGCAUCUUCUGUAUCUUCUCAGACAAAACCAGUAGCUAUAGUCCAUUCAAGUUUCCAGACAGUUGGUUCAUCUUCUAAUGGGCACAAUAAUCAUGUCCUAACUCAAGAAGAAAAACAAGCUGAAGAAGAAAGAUGGUACGAAGAAGAAAAAUUACGUAGACAAAGAAUACGGCUUGAAGAGGAAGAGUUACUUAGGAUAUUGGAGGAUUCUAUAAAUGAAGAUACAGAAGAUGCUGGAAAUACAACUAAUGAAGGAGCGGGAAAUGAUGGAAUUCAUCAUCUUUUUGCAUUGAAUGGCGGAGAAGAAAGUAUUGGGCAGUUUGAUGCUAUUGAGCUUAAUAACCAAACAGGAAGCGAUGGGAUUCAUAAUUCUUCUGCAUUAAAUGGUGGAGAAGAGCAUAGUGCAAACCAUAGAGAUACUCCGAGAAAUAACGGAGGUAGAAGUGAUGCAGAAUCUAGAAGACGCAAUGGACCGCAACGAAAUAAAUCCACUAAACCCAGAAGAGCAUUCAAGCCACUUCAGAACAUGUCAGAUUAUCUAAGAAAUACGGUUGCAUACCAUCUAGUGGCCUUCAAGAUAAUUGGCUUUGUCAUUUCAGCUCUCCUUCUUGUACUUAUCUCACACUUACCAUUUUACUACAGGAUUACAAUGUGCGUGCUAGGACUGGUAGCUGUGGGAAUAAGUCACAUAAAAUCAGAAAGAUCUACGAUUACUAAUUCUGCCACUCUAUCUAGUUUAGUACUGCUGGUCUUCUUCCUGGUGUCUUAUUGGCCAGCUGCGCAGCUACUCAGUGCAAUUGUCUAUGCUUUUGUCGUCAUUAGCUGGAUGGUAGUCUCUUUCCAUGAAAAGAAUUAUGCAAAUAUUUUGAUGUGUAUUAGCGGCUCUUUCAUCACUGUUUUGUUCUGCAUGAUGGGCCACUGGAUGAGCCUAGUAGAGCCUGCUGUAGUGUGGGUGUUCAUAAUGCCAUCUAUGUUCUAUGUAGCUCUUCUCUUCAACAUUGGUCUUAUUCCAAAACUGUCUGAUAUAAUCCGGGAUAGUAUGCACUGUGUUAUUAACGACAUUAAUGAUUAUUUUGAGAUUAGACAGUCCAAAAAACUGAAUAGCGAAAAUAUAGCUAAGAAGGAGGAAGAAAUCAGACAAAUAAAAGCUAGCUCACCGGGCAACCAUGAAAAACUGAAUAAGUGCAAAGAAGAACUGAGCUAUUUAAGAGAAGUUAACUUUUCUUAUGCAAUAGCAUUUGAGCCCAUAAAGGAAAGAUACACAUAUAACUACAUUGCCAACAGCUUGAAUGAUCUUUUAUCCUUUGAUACAAGCUACAGGGCGUUGAAGUCUAUCCACAGGCAUGCAAAGUAUGUCUUAGUGCUCACAUCAAUUAUUGCUGGAGUAGGAUUUGUCUUCAUUGUCUGCUAUCUCAGAUCAGAGACUUCUCUGGGUGAGUAUACUCUCUUAUUUAUCCAGAGUAUAAAGAACAAUCCAAUCCUAGGAAAUGCAGUUCAUGCAAACUUCUUUGUACAACUAUAG